UGCGCAAAAUAAAAUAAUUUUGUGACUCUCACUCACUCAUUGCUGCGGCUGCCAUGUUUUUUUUCAUGUGGGGUGUGUGUGUAUUGAUAUAACAUGAUAGUUUAACCCCGUAUAAACUGUUACAGAAUUAAGGGGUGCACCAUUUGUUAUUAGCUAGUGACAAUGCGAUUGCAAAAAAAUUGAAGCAAAGCGCUGCAUUAGAAGAAAAAACGCGACCCACAAGCAAAGAAUAGGCCAAAGAAAUCAAGGAUGUAUUAGUAACGGAGGAAUUAAAGGAUCGAUUUAUAUCACACGGCCCACGGCGAUUGUAAAAUGGACUCACGAUUAUUAUACAAGAUGAUGGUGUUUGAUAACGGCAGGCACUAUCAAGGACAGGAUGCGUAAGCAUAAGAGAGAGAGUCAGGCGUUUGCCUGCUGGCCUGCCACGUCGAGAGAACUUCAUCAAACUCUACACUCCAUCAUCUGAUACCCACACACUUGGUACAGAGGAAAUGCAGUGCUCAGUAACACUGGAAAGUGACCAUAACGGUGGGAAUGUUAAAAUGAAGACAAUUAACAAUUAUAAGAAUCCUUACAAGAAGGAACCUAAUCUUGACAACAUUGUUGAUCAGCUGUGUACAAGACUACAGGACAUCAAAGAUCAAGAAGGUGCGUCACGAGUAGGCAUGCCCACGUGCUCCCUAGAAGAAACUGAGGCUGUCCGUCGAUAUUACGCUGCGUUUCCGGCUUUGAAGAAAGGUCGAGAGUCGCCAUUACCGUAUUAUCUCCCACCGCCAGCGUGGUGUCGCAAGUCAGCGCCUGAUUCCAAGAUCAAAAUGCAAGGUGAAUUAACUGUGUCUAAGGAUUGGAAUGCGAAAAAUAAAAAAAUAACUUCAGGCAAAGAAAGACGCAAUUCAUACCACGGUCAGAAAAAAAACAAAAAGCGUUGCAACAGUUUCAGCAGAUCUUUCGACAGCAAAGAAAACCUGCCUGAGUGGGUUACUCACGAGGGUGUUUGGGAUAUGGAGAGCCAGGAUCCAGUUAAGGAGUUUAUCAGAGCUAUAGCAUUAGAUGAGGGUUACGGCACGUGUGAGAACACUGUCACUGACGAGAUCAAAGAGAUCACUAAAGGCAAAAUCGGCAUGAACGAGAACAUGGUUCCCGACUGGGACGACAGCCUCGAUCUCGACGCUGAGUGGGUCAUCACUGAGGACCUUAACCCACGUGUUCGCACGCCCAUGGAGGAGGAACUGUACGCCAAAUUUGAAGCGAAGUUUGAUCGCAGUAUCGAGGCCUUGUGGUCGAAAGAUCAAAAUACUCCAGAUGAUGAGUACCAGGACCUGCCGAUAGACUUCCAAGAUCUUUUGUCAUCUCCCUCCGACCGCUUGUUUGCCGAUCCGUCCGCCGAAAAGUGCAGUCUAAUUUCACUCACGGAAAGCAUCUGGUCCACCGAGGCAGCAGACUUCCCGCCCCCGCUCGAGCGCGUCGAAUCGCCCUCGCGCAUCGCCGAUGCGCUACAUGACCGCUUCCGGCCGCUCAACCUGGCCGACGUUGUCGAGCCCGAGCCGCGCGAGCUGGAGUCCUUCGCUCUGUACGAAGGCGACGAGAUCUACGACGCGCUCACCACCGUAGCCAACACGAUGCGCUCGUUCACCGCCAUCAACCACAGCCGCGACCGCAGCGGCUUCGUGGAGGUGCCGCCGCGCCGCAGCGGGGCCCGCGCCUCCCGCGCCCCGCCCGCGCCCCCGCCGCGCUCCCCGCCGCGCCGCGCGCCCUCCCGCCCGCGCGAGGACCUGCUCACCUCCGCCCGCACGCACUUCCGCCCCAUCCGCCGCGAGAGCGACGCCGAGCCGCCGCGCUACGCCGACGGCGACACCUUCGACAUCUGCGGCGACCCCGACACCGUGGACUUCCACCGCAGCCGCUCCGGCGGCCUGUACCUGGGCUCGUCGCUGGAGCGCUACCUGGAGUACCGCGCCGUGCGCAGCAUCGACUACGGGCGCCUCAACCUGACGGAGGCGCAGCGCUGCCCCGACCUGGACGAGCCGGGCCUGCGCCUGCGCUUCCCGCUGCGCCAGCGCGACGCGGGCGUGCAGACGGAGGCCCGCGCCGCGCCCGCCGCCGCGGCCCGCGCGCCCUGCGAGGAGUGCGGCGGCGCCAAGAAGAUGCGCGCCAGCGCCGCGCGCUCCGUGUGGAGCGGGCGCCCGUGCCGCGCCUGCGCGCUGCCCGCGCCGCGCGCCGCGCCGGCCGCCGCGCCGCGCGCCUGGCCCGCGCCGCCGGCCCCGGCGCCGGAGGGGGGGGAGGCGCGCGGGGACCGCAAGCGGCGCCACAGCGCGGCGCUGCGCUGCGCGGCCACGUGCAGUCACCCGCACGCGCGCUUCCUGCCGUGUUGCUCGCUGGCGCUGGCGGCGGACCGCCCGCUCACGCGUUAG